UAGGAACCUUGACUUGCUAACUGGAGAGAUCAUGAUUAAAGAUAGAAUGUUGCUUCCAAAGCAAGAAAUUUCCAAAGAAAUACACCCACAAGAAGAUGUCUCUAUUGUGCUCAAAAGAGAUUGUUCACCUCACAUCCUUGUUGGUCCUCCUGUACAAGCUGAAAAAAACAUUGAAUUUUUGAAUACUCUUAAAGACCGUAAUCCUGGGGACUUAUGGUCUAGAAUGCACAUCUCAUCUAUGGAAUAUUCUGCAGGUGACAUCACACGGAAAGAUAAGAAAAAAGACAACGCAAGAGUAAGUGAAUUACUACAAGAUCUUACAUUCUCUGCUGAUUCUGAUUUUGAUGAAGAAGAUGAAGUUGAGUCACACCCUGCUAGAAAGAAGCAGAAAGUAACCACUUUUACAGAGAAGAAAUGGAUCAAAAGAGAUAUUCAGCCCAAUUUUCCAAGCUGGUCAGCAUUGGAUUCUGGAAUUUUGAAUCUCAAAAGUGAGAAACUAAAUCCAGUUGAGUUCUUUGAAUUAUUUUUUGAUGAUGAAACAUUCAAGUUAAUUGUUGAUGAAACAAAUCAUUAUGCCUCUCAGAAAAAUGUCACCUUGGAAGUUACAGUUCAGGAAAUGAAGUGUGUUUUUGGUGUUCUUCUUUUGAGUGGAUAUAUUUGUUAUCCCAGGAGAGGAAUGUAUUGGGAAACUUCAGAUAAAGAGCAGAGUCUUGUUAGCAAUGCAAUUAGAAGGGAAAGAUUUGAAUUAAUAUUUUCAUACCUCCAUUUUGCAGAUAACAGUUGUCUAGAUCAAUCAGACAAGUUUACAAAAUUGAGGCCACUUAUAGAUCAAAUGAAUAAAAAUUUCCUCUUAUAUGCUCCCCUGGAGGAAUAUUACUGCUUUGAUAAAUCAAUAUGUGAAUGUUUUGAUAGUGAGCAAUUCUUAAAUGGUAAACCUAUUAGAAUUGGUUAUAAAAUAUGGUGUGGGGCAACUACCCAAGGUUAUUUAGUUUGGUUUGAACCCUAUCAAGGUGAACCAGUCCUGAAAACAGAAAAAGAUCAUGAUCUUGGUUUAGGUGGAAAAUUAGUAAUGAACUUUGCUAAUGUUCUCUUGGAGCGAGGACAGUAUCCUUAUCAUAUAUGUUUUGACAACUUUUUCACAAGUAUCAAACUAAUAUCGGCUCUGAAGAAGAAAGGGGUGAAGGCAACAGGAGCAAUUCGUGAUAACAGGACUGAAAAAUGUCCUUUCAUGAAUGCAGAAAAUAUAAAAAAAAUGAAAAGGGGGUCAUUUGAUUUCAGAGUGGAAGAAAAGGAAGAGAUAAUUUUGUGUCGUUGGAAUGAUGAAAAUUCCAUCAACCUGUGCUCCAAUGCUGUAGGCAUAGAACCACUGAGCCAAGUAAACUAUUCUGUUGAUGAAAAAAAAAAAAUUCAAGUAAGUCAGCCAUCAAUAGUUAAGUUGUAUGAAGUAUGUAGGUAUGGUGUUGCCAAGAUGGAUGAAAAUAUUUCCAAGUACAGAAUAAGAAUUAGAAGCAAAAAAUGGUAUUCAAUUUUGGUAAGCUACAUUAUUGAUGUAGCCAUGAACAAUGCAUGGCACCUAUAUAGAAUCUGUUGCCCUGAUACUUCAUCCAGUCUUUUGGAUUUCCGAAGAUGCAUUGCACAUUUCUAUUUGGAGAACAAUGCUAAUCUAGCAGACUAAGCAAGAUAAAGUCAGCUAUUACAUAUAGAACUGAAAAGUAAAUAUAUCAUGGCUUCCAAAUGAGAACAUCAGUACCUCAAAAAUUUAUUGGAGGUGCAAACGCGUUACUUAGGUACUUCCUCUAUCAUUACAUUGACACCUCAACUUCUGUAAUUCAUAUCCUCAUAUUAAUCACCCAUAGAGCACCUACCCAAUGCACAAGAGUCCUUCCUCUGGAUCUUUUAACCAUCCAAAGAAAGCAGUGUGUCAGUCUUGAGUGACAUUAACCCUUAGUGUGUAUUGGGGCCAACCAUUUUCUAAUCAUAUUGCAUAGCAUAAAUAAUAUAUUUUAUAUCACUUUUUGCAAGCAAAUUAUCAUUGGCAGUAUUUUACAUCCUACUAAUGUCUGCUCUGCAUCUCUCCAUUGC